AUGGGCAGCGCUGCCCGGAUUCAAUUAUGGUUGGCAUUGGCCGCGACAACGCCUGAAUGCAUCCCGGCGCUGGAGGAGACAUGCCCAACCCACGCGCGCAGUUUGCUUCAAAGCAAGCGGCAGAAGUUCAACGAGGUCGACGUUGAAUCUUUCGCGGCCCUCCGAGAUGAGCCUUCUCAAGAGACGUCCGAGGCCUCCGGCCGGCACACGGGAGAACGGCAUGGGGGCCCUUUGGGGAAGGUCCACCGAUGGGGCGAGCAGAGGCCGAAGCGGCUCGGCUCCGAGAUGGGCGGAGGUCGAAGGGUCCCUGGAUCCGAGGAUACCUUCGAGCUCUGCCGUGCUCCGAGUGCGAGUGCUCUCAGUCAGGUGGAUUCCACCGACGCAUCGUUAGCGAGCGAGAAUCAGACUGCGCUUCACGAGAGCGGCGCGAGCUGCCGUGCCCCGGAGGUGCAGCUGUUUUCGCCAACGGACUCGUCUCCGUUUUUUGAGACCGAAUGCUGUCCAGCAGGGAAGGAGUUCUGUGGCGGCUGCGCCAAGAUGAACGCCGGGAAGUCUGCCUGCGAGGUUUGCAGUGGUGGCUUCACGAAGACCGGUUCUGGCAAGUGUGUGGCUUGUGUGGAUCUCCCUGCAUGGGUGAACAAGGCAGGCGACAACUGCCUCGUGGCCCACUGCUCCACCGAGAAGUUCCAAGGCUUCUCUUCGAAUUCUGCCUGCUGCAAGUGCGGAGGAGGGCAGCAGGCGGCGACAAAGUUCGCUUACUUCGUGGGCCCCAUCGCGCUCGGUGCGACGCAGGUGGUUGGUCACCCAGUCCCCCGAACCGCCAGCAAGUAUUCAGUGGACAAAGAUUGCGAGCUGGCCAAAUUCGGUCUUUCGAUUCAUCCUCAGACCGGCGCACUGGAGCUGGCUCCUGGCUGUAGCAAAGUCGGCUGCGGCAGUGCCAACUCAAUCGAAGUCAAGUGCACGGUCACCGCGGAGCAGGAAGGCGGGCUGACUGCACAAGCUACGCUGGAAGUAUUGGCGGGGGACAUCAGCUACGGCUCCGACCCUGUGGUGCUCUACAGCGGCGACAGCAGCAGUGUGGUGCCGGCGCUGAAUGCCGAAUCCGCCGCCGGAUCGGGUCAGUUUGGGGGCUUGGCCUGCGUGCCAGGGGAUGCCAGCAGCUGGCUGGAGCUGGAUGCCGGCACCGGGAAGCUGUCGCUGAAAGCGGGGCAGCAGAGCGCAGGGGGGCUCACCGGCGGCAAGGGCGAAGCGAUGGGCCAAGGCUCUAUAUGCUCGGUUGAGAAUGGCGGCGCGAAAGGGAGCGUCGUCGUGCUGGCCCCUGCGCGCUGGACCGGGAUGCGCUACAGCUACGGCUCGAGCAGCGACGUGCUUUAUGCCACCGUCGGGGAGAAGUCGCCCAUCCUCCAGCCCAACGCGGAGGGGGAUGGCCUUCCCCCCACGCGCUUCUCUGCCAGCUGCGCUGGCUCGGCUUUCGCCUUCGAUAUCCUCAGCGGUGUGGCUACCUGGGGUGGCCACCAGAUUUUCACCCUGGACGCCUUUGGUGGCCUGCAGCUGAGCCCGGAAGAGUCUUUGACCAGGAGCCUCGAUAGCGCCCAGGAUGGCUCUGUGCGCCGGACCGUGGGUCCACUGCAGUGUACCAUCUUCGGGCACUAUGAGUGGUCUUCGGCACGCCAGGGCGGCGUUGUCAGCCACCGUUUGACACUGGAGUUCCGGGACCACACGUGCUGGGCAAAGACGCAACAGAGUUUCGCCAGCCGCAUCGACAAGGGCCACGCGUCGGAGAGCGCUUGCCGCAGCAAAUGCCGUGGCGAGCUGUACUGCACACACUGGGCCGUGGAUGCUGGCAAGUGCUUCUUUUACAGCGGCCUCUGCAAGAGCAGCGGCGUGGAUGAUUUUGCCUGCAGCCUCAAGCAUGUCUGGGUCACGGCACGCUACCCGGGCUGUGGUGAGCGUCACAGCUGCGUCGACCUGAAGUUGCCGGGGCACCACUACGUUUCCGGCAAGUACUGCCCCGGCGGGGAGAACGUGGCGGCCGCUUCACAGGGCCCCGUCUACUUCAAGAAGGGUCUGACCACAGAGGAGAGCUUCUGGCUGAUGCGCCACGAGACCUCGAGAACCGGCUGCUCUAGCGGCGAUUGGGCGAUCGUGAAGCCGAAGCCCGAGCAGGAUUUCGAGAACGACACCAUGGCUUACGUCGAGCUCCAUGGGGACAUCGUGGCCUGUGUCAGGGGGUCCUCGGCGGAUUUGCCUUCAGACAUCUUUGGGCAACCGGAAGUGUCCCUGACGGUCACCCACCUCGGCGUCUCCGGCGCAAAGGCCACGGUGGCCCCACCUGGCUGCGUCACGCCAAACGUCACUGUGGUUGAUGGAGUCGAGGAAGACGAAGGAUCUGUCGAAGCUCUGGUGCUGGAUGACCCCGCCACUGACGUGGAGGACGAUCACUGGCUUCAUCCCUGUUCCUGCGCUCCAGCUAAUUGGGGCUCCUUGCCGCCAGUUUCGGGUGAAACCGUCACAGAUAUACCCGCCGGCAGCAACAAUGAGUUCAUGUCCGGUGCAGCAGUCAUUGUGGACGGCCAGUUCGCGUGUGAGCAGGAGUACCUUGUGGAGGUGGUCGUGGAGACAGAGAGCGAUGGUCUGGAUCCAGGCAACUGCCGAACGCGAUGCCUGGCACAAGAGUGCCCCUUCUUCUGGGAAGGGGAAGUCAUGUCGACAAAGCAGUGCCGCAUCUACAGCCAAUGCACGGAGCUGGUCCGUGAGGUUGGUGCGAUCGGCGUCCUUUACGGCAUGACCUACCGGAAGGCCUGCAAGGUCGCGGAUCCGGCGCUGUGUUGGAAGGCGACGAAGCGUCGCUCUUUCUUGGGUGCCGGUGAUGACUCCUACGCCUGCCUUUACCAGGACCUGGUGGAGCAGUGUGACCACAAGCUCAUGCUGGGUGGUCUGGGAAUCAGUGGAUGCGGUCACUGUGAGUAUGCGCCUGUGAAGGGGAGGUUGCUUUAUGCCAGCAAUGGCGGUUGUGCCGACUAUAAUCCACAUCACAACAACGUGUAUGUGCAUCCAUGCCAUGGCCAUGACAACCAGAGGUGGUACUUCGAAGGGGAGGUGCUGAAGAAUGACAUGGUUAACAUGUGCUUGGACUACUACGAAGAAAACGUGAAAAUGCAUCCAUGUCAUGGACAUUCCAACCAGAAAUGGUACUUCGAGCACGGGUUCCUGAAGUCGCGGGCGGAUGGCCGAUGUUUAGACUUCCAUCCGGGCAACGGCAACAUGUAUGUGGGGAACUGCCCCUGGAGCGACACCCUCCUCUGGAACUGGAAGCACAAUGUUCAUGGGGGUCAGCAGCUGGCCAGCGACUACCACCAUGGCACGCAAUGCUGGACCCACGACCGCAGCAGCAACAACGUCUACGUCGGGGACUGCACUGUUGCCAUGAAAUCUCGCUUUUUCUGGGACGGAGAACGCAUCAGGUCCGAGAUGGAUCCCGGUUCGUGCCUGGAUGCUGCGGCAGAUGACCGAAUCUACAUGCACGGUUGUCACGCUGGCAACAACCAGAAGUGGUACUUUGAUGGCCAGCUCCUGAAGUCGAGGGACGAUGGGCGCUGCAUUGACUUCCCCUUUCGUGUCCCCACCGACGACAAUCUCUUCCGUGGCAACUGUCCGGACAGCCCGCUGAAGAGAUGGCAUAUGGGCGGACCACUUCCGAAGCCACUGCCAAGGGCGAAGAUCAUGUCACAGUUUGAUUACAAUUGCCUUGAUCGCGAGUACACCAGCGGCAACAACGUAAAGAUGCACCCCUGUCACGACGGGAGCAACCAGUUGUUCUACUUCGAUGGUGAGCAUCUGAAGGACGGCAUGGAUGGUCUGUGCCUAGAUGAGCCUGACUCCGGAUCGCUGUACAUGCACCCCUGCCAUGAUGGGGACAACCAGAAAUGGUAUUUCGACCACGGCCGGCUGAAGAACCGAAAGUGGGGCGAUGCGAAGUGCAUGGACUAUGCCUACAACAAUCCCGGCAAGGAUGUCUACAUGCACUCGUGCCACGACGGGGCUAACCAGCAGUUCAACUUCGAAGUUCCCCGAGAGAUGAAGAUCCAAGCCGACAGUUCUCUGU